GGGUCUAGUGGUGAAGAUUGGAGAUUUUGGCAUAUCAAAAAUAUUAUUGAAUCAAAGUAAAGCCUUUAGUGUGAUUGGAACACCAUAUUAUCAGUCACCAGAAUUGUGUCAGAAUAAGCCCUAUGGCUACAAAAGUGAUAUGUGGGCAAUUGGCUGCAUUUUAUAUGAAAUGUGCACGUUGAGAAAGGCUUUCGAUGCAACGACACUGGCUGGUCUUGUAAUGAAAAUAAUGGAAGCAAAAAUAACUCCUAUUGAUCCCGGUACAUACAGCACACCUUUAUGGAAUAUUAUUCAGGGUUUGUUGUGUUUUGAUCCAGAUUUGAGACCAAGUGCUGUCCAAUUGUUAUGUCAUCCCUUAAUUGCGCAACUUGUUUUCAAGGCGUAUUCCCAUUCUUUCCAAGACCUACAAGGGUGUUUUCAUAGUUGA